AUGCAGCAGGCCUUUGCUCACGAGGAGGAGGGUGACAGUAAAAAACCACAAGGGGCCCACAGGCAGAAGACAAACUACACUGCAAAUCACCAAGUCCUGAAGUUGCCGAUCAAGACCCUGCAGGUUUCAAAGCCGACGAGUCAGUCUGCCAACUUGAACUGCAUCCUGGAGCUCAAGAGCCAAGUGUGUGACCUGCAGCAGCAACUGAACGAGGCCAGGACUGAGAACAAACUGCUGAAGAGGAUCCAGCAUCGCCACACGGUGGCACUGCAGCACUUUCAAGACUCAGAGGGCAGCCUCUCACAGGACUUGGAGAGGAAUCUUGAGUUGUGCCAGGCCUCAUUUAAUCGGCAAAUAGCUACUGAACAAAGAAAGAUCAACGAGGUGAGCAAGAUAUCUUGCUAUCUGCGAGAGCAAAUAUACCAGCUAAGCAGGGACCUUCAAACUGAUUUACAGGCAGAGAAAGCAAGAAGUUUCAAACAGAUGGGUUGGCCCUUCUCCCUACCAAGGCUGCAAGUCUUCGGGAGUUACAAUAUACUGAGACUGAAGAGACUGGAAGAGAAGGGGAGCUCUCUGAACUGGGAGUCUUUGGUAACAGAAAAUCCAGAGACGGAGGUUUCUGCAAAUGUCACAUUUGAGGAGAAGCACCAAGAGGAUACUGAGGCAUGUGCAGACACCAGUGAACACAAUAGUCAGAAGAGAGCCCAAAACAUCUAACUGAGGGAGAUUGUGCAGAAGAAAAGGAGGUAUCCGAGGCCCCAGGGGUGUUAGAGGAAGAGCAGAAAACAGAGGAACAAGGUGUCCUACAUUUCAGGAAAAGUCUCCAAAUGCACCUGAACCUAAGAGGAAAGCAUACAGCCUUUCCAAAAUCAGGUGCAACUACAUUUACAAACAAUCUAUUACAGCAGGGCAGAUUUGAAUCCCAGUGAAAGCACCAAGAACCCUGUGAGGGCGGAGACCCUCAGUGGUGCGGGUAAUGAACUUUGUCUACGAGAUGGGAAAUCCAGCAAAGGUGGAGUGGCCAGCCCUCAGUGUGAGUAAAGAGCAGUUCAAAACAGAAAGAGAAAGCUGAUGAAGAGACCUUUGGUACAAGUAAAUUUACUGAAUUGGUGACUAGCUGAGGGUAAAGUUUCAGAUCCAUCCGUACUUUCCAGCUGCCAGACCGAGAGGAAAAGUGGACAAGGGAGUUUUGACUGUAGUGGCAGCAGACUGAUGUUCCCAUACUAAAGUAUUUCUCUAAAUAUAUAUUUUUUUUACUUUAGAGCUACAUGGAAUCAUUGUGAUCCAUCUACAGUUCUUCAUCCAUUACAAUUCUACUUAAAAAAAUACUUGACUUCUUUUUGCUAGUGA